UAUUGCAUAAGAACAUACCAUACAUAGAUUGAAGAAGCAUCACCGACGACCCUCACUCACGAACCCACAAAAGACGCUGCUUUACACUGUCGGUGUCAGAAAAAGAAAGCUCUUCUAAAAGACACACACCAACUGCGGAAAACGAAAAAUGCAAACUUUGCCGUAACCAAAGUGCGGAUCGUGAUAUUUCAUUCAUAACGCCACACCACAACACCCACCCCACGUGCUUUUAUGCUCCGCCGCUGCAUCACUCGCGAUAGAUCCUCGGCUUCAACCAAUAUUAUGUUCAUUCUUCCUCUCCAAUUGCCUAAAGGAUCCAUUUUUAACGAUUAUCUCAGUGUUUGAAUUUUGUUCCUUCCAGAAAGAUCUCAUUUUGGGAAGAUUUUCCAUGUUCUGCAUUGUUGUUCUCGUUAAUCCCUAUGAACUGGUCUGUGUCUGAAUCUUGGGACAUGCUCUGGAAUGGCUCUUUACAGAAACAAUGGUGAAUUGUUCACCGAGAGAAGAGGCAUCAUUGAUGCAGUUUUCAGUUCUUUUAGAAAAAGUGAUCAUGGCUCUAGAGUUUUACGUCGUGGUAGAAGGUUUGGUCGGAUUACCAAGCAGAGACUUUCACGCUUGAUUUUCCUUAUCACGGCAUUCCUUUCGAUUUCUUUAACAGUGUAUGGCCUUAAAAUGUUUUUUCAAGCUAAAAUGGAAUCUAGGUUCUCAAAUCCGCACAAUCUACAAGAAGAACGCAACCUGCAAGAAAAUAUUAUGGUAGCUGAAGUUGGAAAGGCACCUAAAGGCAAGCGCCGAAAGCAUUUUCCGUGUGAAGUUGGAUUUCGGGAAUCAGUAGAUGGCCUUGUUGAACCCAAAAAUUAUAUGAACUUUACAUGGUUCUCUCUAAAGUACGUUGACCAUGAAGAAAAAACAUCCAAAAUUGAUUUAUUUGAACCUCGAUUUGGAGGACAUCAGACUCUAGAGGAAAGAGAAAAUUCAUUUUAUGCAAAAAACCAGACACUCAAUUGUGGUUUUGUCAAGGGGCCACCAGGAUAUCCAAGCACUGGAUUUGAUAUAAAUGAAAAAGAUAAGACAUACAUGUUCAGCUGUAAGAUUGCAGUUUCUUCUUGCAUUUUUGGAAGCUCUGAUUUUCUCCGGAGGCCUACAAGUCGACUGAUCAGUACAUAUUCAAAGAGCAAUGUUUGUUUUGUUAUGUUCAUGGAUGAUGUAACACUCUCCAAACUUUCAUCAGAAGGAAACAGUCCUGAUGAGAGAGGGUACAUUGGCCUAUGGAAAAUAGUUAUUGUAAAAAACUUGCCAUAUGAAGACAUGCGGAGAACUGGCAAGGUGCCAAAAUUUUUAUCACACCGUCUCUUCCCAAAUUCUAGGUAUUCAAUUUGGCUUGACAGCAAGAUGCGACUCAACUCUGACCCUAUGCUGAUCAUUGAAUAUUUUUUGUGGCGAAGGAAGGCAGAAUAUGCCAUUUCAAAUCACUAUGAUCGCCACAAUGUCUGGGAGGAGGUUCUCCAAAAUAAGCGCUUAAAUAAAUACAACCAUACAGCAAUUGACGAACAGUUUAACUUUUACCAAUCUGAUGGCCUCCCCAAGUUUGACCCAUCAAACCCAAAUAAUCCUCUUCCAAGUUAUGUUCCCGAGGGUUCCUUGAUAAUCAGGGCACAUACACCAAUGUCAAAUUUAUUUUCUUGUCUUUGGUUCAAUGAAGUUGAUCGAUUUACAUCUCGUGAUCAACUAAGCUUUGCUUAUACUUACUUGAAACUCCGGAGAAUGAAUCCAGAGAGACCAUUUCAGCUAUAUAUGUUCAAGGAUUGUGAACGCAGAGCAUUAGUGAAGCUAUUCCGACACAGGGCAGUUUCAUCUCCGCCAGAGAAUACUUGAUCAGUUCUGGCUCUUUAAGGGAUGCACGCUACAGGCACAGGUCAUCAUAAUUGACAUCCCUUCCAGCUUGACUAGUCUCAACGUUCAUGUAUGUUUUAAGCUGGACCAAAGAGAGACAAAUCCAAAUUCAAUUACUUGCAGCACAAUGGAAUUUUAUUCUUUGCGUGACCACGGUUAAAGCGUGAUUGAGGUGCAUUUUUGUGGCCAAGGUUUUCACUCCACUGUGGGGUUCAGUGGAAGUUCUUAGGGAAAGUUGAUCAAGGUUUUAGUUUGUUCAGCUUCCUCAUGUUUCAUUUUAGUAUGAAGGAUGAGGUGAUUUUGCUAACAUGUAAGAAUAGUUUUUCUUUUCUGUUUGUGUAAACAUGUAACAGGUCCUCCUUCCCCUCCCAAGUCAAAGAGGGUAUUGGCUAGUGG